AUGACGGACGCAGGAUGCAACCCGAAAGCAUAUCCAAUUGCCGAUAUAGCUCUGUCGCAAAAAUUGCUCAAUUUGGCGAAUGAGGCACAGAAUUACAAGCAACUGCGGAAAGGAGCCAAUGAGGCAACGAAAACACUGAAUCGAGGCCAUGCUCAGCUCAUUAUAAUGGCUGCUGAUGCGGAGCCUUUGGAAAUCCUCUUGCACCUGCCGUUAUUGUGCGAAGACAAAAACGUACCAUAUGUUUUCGUACGCAGUAAGGCAGCACUUGGUCGUGCGUGUGGUGUUUCGCGUCCGGUAAUCGCUGCAUCAAUUAUUGAGGACGAAGGUUCGCAGCUGAAAAGUCAAAUACAGAAAAUCAAA